GCUCGUCCACCUGGAUCGUGAGGAGUUUGAGUUGCGAUCCGCUUCUCAUCACUGAAACUAAGAAUUCGUGACAGUUUUCCACCGAGUUUCUCCACCCGAUCCCGAGCACAUCUCCACACCGUUCCUGCAGCGACCGCCCGGAGACAUCGGCAGCUUCACGAGGGAAAUCUUUACGACACGCGGAAGAACGCGCAUCAUCGUAGUGGACUGAACCAGACAGCUGGACUCUCUGAUCCAUCACCAUCUGAAGUACCAGAAUAGACUCGCAAACAGAAGGGCUUGCGAACAAAGUGCAACUGGAUACCGAGCACGAGACGAGCGGGGCGGAUCGUGGAAAGCGAGUUUCGCUCUGCGUUGUGCUGAAAUGAUCUGAUCUGUCACCGAAGACUCGAGCACAGCAGAUUAUCAUCUGGACAGUGAUGUUCUUUAUAGAUUGUAAGAUGGUAGAUGCUCUGCGGGGCCGGAGGAGGUUACGGGUGUCUGUCUGUAAGCUGCCCUGUCCGUUCUGCUUUCUGCUGCUGUUUGCAGUCGGAGGUCUGGUGCUCUUCAUUCACCUGCAGGAUCUCUCAGACAUGGUCAUACAACAAACUCCAGCAGGUGUAAAGCUCAGAAGCACAUCUUACUCAAGGAAGGAGCAAUGUGUCCAGUUCAGUGAGGCAGCAAGUAGACUCGCCCGGCGGUCUGAAGAGGGCGACGUCGACCCCAUCUCACCAAUGCAGCUGCCAGACUCCCAAUGGAAACAGCAGGCUGCCACCCCGGGGUCACGAGAGCACGACCUGGGCUCACAGAGGGUCACCAAACGUCACCGCAAACUUUUAAAGACCAGCCCAGUAGUCCGACCACAAACAAACUCUUCAUCCACAGCGGAGAGCCCUCGAGAGCUGUCCGACAUUAAGGAAUCUCGCCGGCGGAUCAUCAGGGAGGUGUGCGCCAAGUACCGCAGUAAUAUUUCCCGAACGAUAACGCCGCACCACGUCUCCAGGAUUUACGUGGAGGACAGACAUAAACUGCUCUACUGCGAGGUGCCCAAAGCCGGCUGCUCCAACUGGAAGCGGGUUCUGAUGGUGCUGGCCGGCGUCGCCAACUCCACGCGUGAAAUCAAUCACAUGGACGUCCAUUACGACAACCACCUGAAACGCCUGGACAGCUUCGACCGGCAGGGCAUCGCCAAGCGUCUGGAGACCUACACCAAAGUCCUGUUUGUCCGAGAGCCUAUGGAAAGAUUGGUGUCUGCGUUCAGAGAUAAAUUCGAGAGCCCAAACUCCUACUACCAUCCCGUGUUUGGAAAGCCCAUCAUCUCAAAGUACAGGGUGAAAGCGUCCAAAGUGGCUCUGAAGACGGGGAGCGGGGUGACCUUUCGGGAGUUCAUCCAUUACCUGCUGGACGUCCACCGGCCCGUGGGAAUGGACAUCCACUGGGAACCCGUCAACCAGCUCUGCAGUCCAUGUCACCUGCAUUACGACUUCAUAGGAAAGGUGGAGAGCUUGGCCGAGGAGGCCAGUUUCAUUUUACAAAAGAUCGGAGCCCCCGACAACCUGACGUUCCCCGCGUUCAAGGACGGGAACCCGAAAGCGGCCAGGACUUCAACUCAGAUCACACAGCGUUAUUUCUCACAGCUGAACGCCUCUGAGAGACAGAGAGCAUACGACUUCUUCUACAUGGACUACCUGAUGUUUAACUACACCAAACCCUACAAAGACUUGUAUUGACGAUUGUAACUGCUGUGCACACCAUUCAUUCCGCGCUGGAAUCUGUUAAGAGACUAAUAACACUCAUUCACAUCUCUGGUUUUUCCCAGAAUUCCGCAGUCACAAUCGUUCAUCCCUAGUCAACACAGCCGAAACACGCACAUUAUGUUUGUGAGAAUGUCAUACCACUUCUACUAUUCCUGCAGUGCGAGAUGUGCACAGUAUGGAAAUGUUCAUGAGAAAUAGCUGGAUUAUAUACUGGAUGCUUUCUUGGCGAAAAUGAUUGAACAGACUGCCAAACCUUUACCAAAAAAAACGAUCCCAAUGUACAAAUGUAAAACAAGAUUUCUUAUAGAAUACGUUUAUGGAAACAUGCAAUGCUGCACACAGUAUAUACUGCACAGUAUUUCACUCUUACUUUACGUAUUUUAAGUAGAAAAAAGAAUCAUGUAACUUUACCAGUGAAUUAUUGGUUUUCAUCUACAAAAAAAGACUGGAUGGUAUUAAUGUGGUUUUUUGAACGUAGUAAGGCUAUUCUUUGACAAACCUUGGAGUGCCAUGUAAAAAAAGCAAACUACAAGAAUUUAAAAUUCAUACCAUCAGAUACCACGGUAGCACCACACUACUUUUUCUUCCAAACGAUUAUCUAUAUAAACAGCAUCAUUCACAUCCCUUUAGAAAACACACUCCACGCAAAAUACACUGAUAUUUUCGGAUAAAAAUCUUUAGCGAUCUAUAAUUGUAAAAAGGGCAUUCAGAGGACUAUAUUUUUAUAUGUAUUUGUAAAAUGGCUUUCGAUGUGAUCCAGGCUUUUGCGCAAACUCAUCUUUAAGUCACUCGUGGUGUGUUGGGCAAUACGUUGGUUUAUUUCUGUGAGAAUAUGACAAAAACGCCGCUCAACUUCUCUGCACUAAAUCCUGUUUAAAUUAUGCUUAUUAGAUAACACAAGGAUGUGUGUGUGUGCGUGCGUGCGUGCGUGCGUGCGUGUGCGUGCGUGCGUGUGCGUGUGCGUCCAACGCUACACAACUUUUAUGUCUACACAAGUGAGUUUAUUUAAAAACACAAAAUGUGAAAAUCCUAUAGAACAGAACAUAUUUUAUUUAUUUUACGCGAGACACACCACUUAAGAGCUAUAUAUAGGCAUUAUAUACGAGCAUAGUAUAUUUUUAUUUCAUUUUAUUUUAUUAGAAAUCACACAGUAGAUUUAUGUCAUACAGAGAUAUGAUGAAUUGUGCGUGUACUGCGUUGAGUAUCGGCUUUAUAAAAUACUGCUAUCAUCCCUCUGUUCCUCCCAACUCCUUAUGAAUAUAUAGAUCUAUAUGAUAUCACGCAUAUACAGUAACUGGUGAAUGUAUAACUGUUGUUGGUGCAGAAGUGUAUAAAUCCGUAUGAUCUAUAAGCCCUUUGCCUUAUGUGACACUGCCAGUGUUUCAGGACACUGAAUCUACAGGUGCGCCUCCUCCUACAGACUGAA